AUGGCGGGCAAGCAUCUACGCGCUGCCUUCGUCCUCACAUUCGUCCUUGUUAUUACCUUGUACUACACAGCGGCACACAGCAACAGUGAGCGGAUUGCGGCAAUUGGAUCAAGAAUAGGGUCGAAAAUUGGCAAUACCAUUGAUGAAGCGAUCUACGCGAUCGAACCUGCUGCGCGUCCGAAGCCGCCUUACGUCCCAGAAGGGUCAGAUCCGCCAGAGGGAUUUUUCGCUCUUGCAUCAGAUCUCCAGGCGGCAAACAGAACCGAUUUCAGGGUCGCAAUCGUGACCAUGUUGGAAGGAUUCACAGCACCAGAAAAGCCUUUGAGAUUAGCGAAAUGCCGACAUGAUACGCCCUCCAGAUACGCGGCACUGACGAACCAGAAGGAUAAGCGGUAUUUCUUGGCCAUGAAUGCAUACAACAACGAGGAAGUUCUGCCCACUGUCAUGGCGGAGAUGGGUGAUGUCAUUAGUUUGUUGGUAGCUGCGGGUGCUACAAUCUUCGUUUCUAUUGUUGAGAAUGGCUCAGAUGACCAAACCCCUGAAAUGCUACGUGCUUUUGCCAAGACCCUCAAGGACUGGGGAAUAUCGAACAAAAUUGUGACAAGGCCAGAGAAGACUGAUUGGAACGGGCGCAACCGGAUCGAUAUGUUGGUGGACUACCGUAACGAGGCGCUGGCUCCGUUAUAUGAAUCCGACAAGAAGUACGAUCGUGUGAUAUUCUACAACGAUAUCUAUCACUGUUCCAGUGAUAUUCUGGAGCUUUUGCUUCAGUUUGAAGUCCAAGGUGCAGACAUGGUUUGCCCCGUCGAUUGGGUUAACCUUGGCUAUCCCUAUCCAGCUCUGUACGAUGCCUGGGUGUUGCAUACCAUGACCGGCGAGCUUGCGUAUCGCCCGAGAGAACCGAAGUUUGAUACAUACGAUCCAGAGACGUUCUUCUCGGAUGAAACUUUAUCACGGUUUCGUUGGUUGGAUCGAAGACCAGUGCAGGUCAUGUCGUGCUGGAACGGCGUGACAGUCAUGUCCGCGAAACCGUUCCAGAUGGACGAAAAGAAUGUACGGUUCAGGUCCGGUAAUUCAGACGUAGGCGAGUGCAAAGCCAGCGAAUGCGAGUUGAUUUGUCGAGAUUUCUGGAAGUCGGGACAUGGAAGGAUAGCCGUGGUACCUCGCGUAGCUGUUUCUUAUGAGCUCCAGACCUACGAGCUGCUCAAAGGUGUACACGAGGAAUCUGAUCCGUACAUUUACGAGCUUGACAGCAGCAUUGCGGACGAAGGAUUCAAAAGGUCUAGAUUCUCGGGCUGGUUCGAGCGGACGGGCGCGUUGCCGGAAAACAUGCGGAACGGCGAUCUCUGGAAGCCUGAACGCUGGUGGAAGGCACCAUACCCGGAACCAAUCAACGAGAAGCUUACAUGGCGCAGCAAACCUCCAGAGCAAGUGUGGUGUUUACCGGCGCAAGGAUUGGGAGCUCACGAUAUGUGGCUUGAAAGUUAUUACGAGUUACCGGACUGGAGCAUUGCUUGA